CUACAGUCAGACCAGAAGAGAGGAUUAUGAGAAGAUAACUGGAGAUCAUACCAUGCCACUCAAAUUUUGCAAGACUUGAUGGCUGGAAGAUCUUCCUGUUGCAGAGAGAGUGAUCAACAUCUGGGAGAAUGUAUGUAUGUAUGUUAAGGCAGUUGAAGAGAAGAAAAUCUCUCACCCAAAGAACAAGUCGUUUGAAACUGUUCAGAAGUGUACCAAGAUGGCUGAUUUUCCAGCAAGACUGAGCUUUUUCAUAUCGGUGGCAAAGUUGGUCAAUCCCUUUCUAACAGACUACCAAACUGAUGCGCCAAUGUUGCCCUUCUUAGCCGAAGAAGUAACCAGAAUGCUUGCUUCCCUUAUGCAGCGAUUCUUAAAACUUGACAGGAGUACCCUUACUUCUCCUUACAAGAUAAUGCAGGUAGAUAUUAGCAGUGAGGCCAUUCAGCUGCCUUUGACCAAGGUCUAUAUUGGAUUCUACACUGAGAAAAAGCUAAAGGAUCUUAAAGCAAAAAACAUCAUCAGUGAGCGAAGGAUUCUGGAAUUUCGCGUCCAAGCAAAACAGUUUCUUGCUGCAAUGACCCGCAAGCUCAUUGACAGAUGUCCGCUUAAGUAUGCACUUGUGAGAAAUAUGGAAUGCUUAAAUCCAAAGAGCAUGGCAAAAGACAAAGAAAACUCUACUGCAAAGCUGAAAAGGAUGCUUAGUUCCCUUAGUGAUGCAAACAGACUUGAGGAUUCAUGUGAUGACAUCCUAAGAGAAUACUCAGAAGCAUGUGAUGAGACAUCAAGAAGUGCAGAGAUGAGAGAAUUUGAUCCGAAGAAAGACAGACUGGACUGAUGUGCACAUUUCUGUCUGAGUCUCACUAUUCAUCUUUAUUAAAGGUGGUCCGCAUGUUGCUUGUCUUGUCCCAUGGACAAGCCUCUAUUGAAAGAGGAUUCUCCGUCAACAACAAAGUUGAAGAGGACAAUCUUCUAGGGCACUCGCUAAUAUCUUUGAGCGCUAUAUAUGAUCAUAUGAAAUACGUAGGAGGAAUUCAGAACAUUAUUAUCGACAACUCGUUCAUGUUAGCCGCUUCAGCAGGUAGACAAAAAUACCAUAUGUAUCUUGAUGAGCAGAAACGUGAAAAGGAAAAGAAGGAAAGAAAAAGAAAAGGACUGCUUGAUGAAAUAGAUGAA